AUGGUUCAUAUCUGUAGUACAAUCCUGCUCUGUGCUGGCUAUGUGGCUUCAAAGGUCGCUCCCUCCUGGCCUGCAUCCAUUGACGAGUUGGAGGAUAUUAUGUUCCUCCAGAGAGGCUAUCAGGCACGAGCCUUCUCGGCUGGUGUCACCCCAUGUUCUUUCUCGCAACAGGGUCCCUCACGAAUUGCCUCUGCUGAAUGGCUUCGGACUGCCUUCCAUGACAUGGCCACGGGGAGUAUCUACACCGGCAUCGGCGGACUAGAUGCCUCACUGGUGUUCGAGUUGGGCGGGGAUGGGGAGAAAAUAUCGGUGCUGGCUUCAAUACUACCCUAG